ACAUUUUUACCAUUUAUAGCACCCACAUGGCCCAUGUAAUGUCCUCUAUCUAUUAUUACAUCACCACAUUCAAUGUUCCUAACUAGCUGCAUGAAUAAAACAGUUUGCUUUUAUCAUAACCAAUGGUUUCCAUUUCCCUAUACUAAUUACUACUUCUUGACAACACCGUUUGGUUUGUAGUCAUUAUUAUGUCAAAGUAGCUUAAUCCAAACUCCAAAACUUGUUUCUGUUUCCACCUUUUGGUCACUCAAGAUGAGGUCUGAAAAUAUGGGAUCAUUGUUUUCACUGCAAAAUCACAACCUUUUCUGUGUUAAAUUUGCAGCAUCAUUUUUCUUAGUUGGUCUUGCUUUUCGUCUUCUCUUUUGGGAUUCUUUCAGUUUAUCAUCAUUUGUAGUGAUACAGAUACCUUCUCCUCCUCCUCAAAUAGAGACAAAAUCAGAGUCCCAUGUUGUCUCUUCCCCUCUUAAGGCUCCAGAAUUUGAUGAUUUUCAAGUAAACAAUCAGAAUCAAACCUCUCUUAAUGGUACAAGAAAAUGUGACCUUUUUGUGGGAGAUUGGAUUUCUGAUCAAUCUGAACCAAUCUACACAAAUGAGAGUUGUCAUGUGAUUGAACCUCAUCAAAAUUGUAUGAAAAAUGGAAGACCUGAUUUAGGGUACCUUUAUUGGAGGUGGAGUCCAAAAGAGUGUGAAUUACCAAAGUUCAACCCUAAGAAGUUUCUUAGUCUCAUGAGGAAUAAAGCAAUGGCCUUUAUUGGUGAUUCCAUCUCACGCAACCAUGUUCAGUCCCUACUUUGUAUUCUCUCACAGGUGGAACCAGCUGUUGAGGUCUACCAUGACAAGGAAUAUAGAUCAAAGAUAUGGAAAUUCCCCUCUCACAACUUCACACUCUCAGUAAUAUGGACUCCUUUCCUUAUCAAAGCAGCUAUUUAUGAAGACAUGAAUGGAGUUUCAUCUUCAAUGGUACAGCUUCACCUUGACACUCUUGACCAAAAUUGGACCAACCAAUUCAACAAUUUUCAUUAUGUUGUAAUUGGUGGUGGAAAAUGGUUUCUUAAAUCUGCAGUAUUUCAUGAAAACAACACAGUAUCUGGCUGUCAUUACUGUCCUGGAAAGAAUUUGACCGAUCUAGGGUUCGACUACGCAUACCGAAAAGCGCUACAACUUGUUUUCAACUUCUUCACAAAUUCUAGCCAUAAUGCAACUGUUUUGUUUAGAACUACCACACCAGAUCAUUUUGAAAAUGGUGAAUGGUUUAGUGGAGGGUAUUGUAAUCGAACUGUACCCUUCAAAGAGGGUGAAAUCGAUAUGAUAGAUGUAGAUUCUAUCAUGAGAGGUAUUGAAGUUCAAGAGUUUGCGAAGGCUUCAUCACUAGGAUCUGAGAAUGGUGUGAACUUGAAACUUUUGGAUACAACUUUUCUUUCAUUGUUGAGACCAGAUGGACAUCCAGGACCAUAUAGACAAUUCCAGCCAUUUGCAAAGGAAAAGAAUGCUAAAGUUCAGAAUGAUUGCUUACAUUGGUGUUUGCCAGGACCAAUUGAUUCAUGGAAUGAUAUAGUAAUGAAAAUGCUAGUUAAUGCUUAGUAAUGUGACAAUAAUAUGUCCUUGGUUACAAUAAUUAUCGUUUCGAAUUCAAGAUUUUUUGCUAUAUGGUAGUGUGAUCCAAUACUUCUAUUAGGUUGAGCUGCAUUGUGUACAUGGAAUUGUGCAGCAUAAUCAAAACUUGCAAAAGACCAAUGAGGUGGCGACAUGUAAUCAGUUUGUUGCAUAGCAAUAUCACCAUAAUUACUCAUGUAAAAACCCAUUUCAGGUUUUUUUUCACCAUAAUUUUUAUAAUGAAUAUAAUAUAAUA